UUGUUCAUCUAUUUAUAAUUUACUGUUACACAUCUACCUGGAAUACACUUAACAACCAACAUUAUAAACAACCAGAAUGGCACAGGCUGCUUCUAAAACGUGCGAAAUAUGUGUAUCAAGUCCUGGGCAUAACUACUGUGAACAAUGUGACCAGCUGUUUUGUGAUGGAUGUAAAAUAUCGCAUUUACGGACAAAGAUGAGCAAGAAUCACACAUUUUUAAGUGGCCCAAAUAUCAUCCCGGAAGUCAAACUAUACUGUAAAGAACAUGAUGAAAACUUUAUAUAUUAUUGCAUAGAAUGUGAUACACCAGUCUGUAAGAUAUGUGCUAUUAAAAAUCACAGAAAACAUGAUCUAUCGGAGAUCAAGGAAUCAUUGGAAGGUAUCAACGCUGAGGGAAAAACUGACAUCGAAACGAAGAUUAGAAAGCUUCAGUCAAAAAUAGCAGAGAUUGAUCAAGGUACCCAUGCAUAUCAAGCUGAUGUUAAAGAAGUUAUCCAGGCUAUAAGAGAAGAAGGCAAAGGAUUAAAAGAAAUGAUUGAUAAGAAAGUUGAAGGUCUUAUUAAUACGGUGAAAGAGAAAGACACAAAGAAUGUUCAAACCUUACAGUCGUUUGGCGAAGAGAUCAAAAUAGCUUUGGAUAACGCAAAAGAGCAGCAAAAGUUCUAUCAAGAUACACAGGGGAUAAAAGAUACCACGAAAAUAUUACAAAAACUAAAACAAAUAAAGUCACAAAUCGAUCAAAUCGAAGAAACGAAGGUUCCAAUUAUGCCAUCCAUCAAAUAUGAUAAAAAGAAGGCAGAAGAAAGUGAAAUAGAGAAACUGUUUGGGGAAUUAACAUUUAGAGAAAAUGUCAAAAUAGAAGCAAACCUAAAACCUAGGAAGAACGUCCGAGUUACAACAACAGCUAAACAAUACAGAUACAGAUGCGCCCAAUGCAGGACAGAAAUAAUUUCUGAGUAAGUACCCAUAUUUAUAUAAUU